UUACUCGUUACCGUUUUAACUCCAACCAAUACUUAACUGGUGACUUCAAAAUUGGUGAUUCCAAUCUAAAUGCAAUCAUCUGUUACUGUCUGUGCAUUUAAAAGUACAAUUAGCUCUUGCCUGUUCCAUUGUUAUGCUAUAGCUCCAUCACUCACAAACAUGACAGUAAAAUUCACAUGUAAUGUAAGUGUAAUUUGGAACAGGUGACCACAUGAGUAGAUGUAUAGAUGUUUGUCUUUCUGAGUCAUCUCGCCGUUCAGGGAGCCAGCAGUUGUGUUGGCACCUCCGGCGGGCGCAUUUACGGAUCAGCUGGGGCAGCUUAUAUGAGGUGCCUGAGAGCGACAUGACCCCAGCAGCCAUCAAUCACUGGCCAUGACAGCGAGGGUGGCCACUACAACAUGACUCCAAGGCCACGUAGCUACUUGCCUCUGUCAUGAGCCUCAGCAGGCUCUUGGAGCUAUUCGGCCAAGCAUUUGACGAGGCCCCCCAUGGCCCAGUUAGGCAACUGGUGAUCAUCACAGACCCCAGCAGAUGGAUCUCACUGUGGCCUGAAACGGGUGUCCGGACACAUGCAGCGACCGCGGUGGUCUGCUGUAGAGAAGAUUCCUCCAGAGAUCAAGGUGACCAGGACCGACUGCUUCCAAGGGGAGGUCCUGCUGCAUUUGAUAUGCGGAUUCUAUGCCAUGUGAUAUUCCUGGUUAUGCUGGGAGGCAUUUUUUGCCAAAAUAACCGCAAUGCCAAGCCAAGUGGCAAACCGGCGAAAAAAGCCAGCAGCACCCAGACAGCUGAAGUUGCCCAGCAUGCCCCAGAUGAAGACUUGCACCCUGGACCAGGAGCUGCAGCCAGCUCCAGCAAAGACACCAUUCCUGCAGCUCGUGGAGGGACACAGCAGGGAGCAUCCACCACCAAGCCUGCUGAAGACAUGAAGCUGCACUUCCUUAGGAACACACCGGCCAUGUGCAAUGACGGCACUGCAGCUGGGUUUUACCUAAAGGAGUUCAAAGGAAGCAAGAGGUGGCUGAUAUUUCUGGAGGGUGGUUGGUGCUGCUACAACAAAGAGACCUGCGAUUCCAGAUAUAAAAAUAUCCCUCGCCUCAUGAGCUCAGCUGACUGGCCACAGACACGGAAAGGGAUUGGAAUUCUUUCUGCACAAGCUGAUGAAAAUCCUCACUGGUAUAAUGCCAACAUUGUGUUCGUGCCCUACUGCUCUAGUGAUGUGUGGAGCGGUAACAAGCCAGCAGCAAAAGCCAAACAGGGCAAAGAAACAGAAUACUCCUUCAUGGGAUCUGUGAUCAUUCGGGAGAUGAUCAAAGACCUUGCAUCAAAAGGAUUAAAACAGGCCAAGGUCGUGAUGCUGGCUGGAACUAGUGCUGGGGGAACAGGUGUGCUACUCAACAUUGAGAAAGUGGCCAGUCAGCUGGAGCAGCUGGGGGCGGACACGCAGGUCCGAGGCCUCGUCGAUUCUGGAUGGUUUCUGGAGAACAAGCAGCCAAAGGCCCCUGACUGUCCAGACAGCGUCUCUUGCUCUCCUGUUGAUGCUAUUAAAAAAGGGAUCCGGUUAUGGAAUGGAGUUAUUCCAGAGAAGUGUAGGCAACACUACAAAAGAGGCGAGGAGUGGCAAUGCUUUUUUGGACACAAACUGUACUCCUUCUUGAGCUCGCCACUGUUUGUGGUACAGUGGCUCUUUGAUGAGGAACAGUUGCGUGUCGAGAACAUUUACAUGGGUGGCCAGUCCCUUUCUGAGCAACAGUGGACCUACAUGCAGAACCUGGGAAAAGAGCUGAAAAACUCCCUCAAAGAUGUUACGGCUGUGUUUGCCCCGUCCUGCCUGUCUCACACAUUGAUCACCAGAAGUAACUGGAUGGAAUUCCAGGUGAAGGGCACAUCCUUGUCUCGCGCCCUGCAGUGCUGGGACAGGAGCCUUCAAGAGGCCAGCAAGAACAGCAAAACUGCCCUGAAAGGCUGCCCCUUCCACCUGAUCGAUACCUGCCAAUGGCCUCAGUGCAACCCCACCUGUCCUGCGCUGAUCGACCAGGCCACACAGCAGGAGAUGACCCUGCUCCAGGUGCUAGCCAGCAUGGGCUUGGACCUGCAAAAGCUUGGCAUAGAUGCACGGAGGGACAGUAGCACAUCCACUGGCAUGAUCAGCAAUGGUGGCUAAGGAGUUAGCAAGCGAUGGUGGAGCAAGUUCUCAUUGUCAGAAAAAUAAAAUCACUUUAUCCAUACUGUAGAGAUUGCUCAGUGGCACCCCCUACAGCCACCCAGCAUUCUGUUGUGUUCCAAAAGGGAUUGAGAUGUUUGACAAGUGGGUGUGUGUUUGGAUUUCUGUGCCAACAGCUUGUCUUCACAACCCUGUGUAUCCAAUAGGGAUUGGGUUUUGGGUUUGGCCUGAGACUCUUGAGUGAAGCAUGAGUUAUGAGUACAUGUAGCUAGUCACAGUUAAUCCAUAACUAAUGCUAGAUAAUCUGCAACUCUUGAACAAGGAGAAUAGAUUGAGGGGUCAUUUUAAUUGAACCAAAACUGUUUUACCUUUGUAUGACAUUUCUUUGCACAGGACAUACCUUG